UGUACACUUCACAAAGGUCUCUUAUUUUUGUCAGAUGGGAACUCGCUUUUAUACGGCACCUGAAAUCUUGUUUGACGGUCCAUAUUCAACCCCAGCUGAUUUGUGGUCUGUGGGCUGCAUAUUUGGUGAGAUGAUUAUUGGAAAUCCAAUAUUUGAAACUCUUUAUGCUUGCCAAAAUGAAUUAGAGGCGAUAUUCAGAGUGUUAGGUACCCCUACAGAGGCAACCUGGCCAGGAGUCUCUAGAUUUAUUGACUAUCCAAAAUAUGGCAAAUAUGAUACAAUGAACCUGCCAAUGAUUUUUGAAGCUGUUGGCCCAGAUGGCCUUGAUCUUCUUACUAGGAUGCUUACCCUGGACCCAGAUACUCGGAUUUCUGCUGAGGCUGCUCUGGGACAUGCUUACUUUAAUGGUUUGGACUAGUCCACCGAAUAGAAGUGUAUUGAAGACCAAAUGCAAUGGUUACCAAAGGAGAAGUGAGGUUUUGGUUAGCUGAACAACUGGAGAAAUUCAUUUCCCUUCUCAAGUGCUCAAUUUUGAUUCUUUUGUUAUCAGUACUAUAUGUUCAUUUUCAACAUUCAUUACUUCAAGGGCCGAUAUACAGAUAAAGUUACCCUGAUGCUACUUUCCUUGCUUACAUAAUAAUAAUGACAUUGCUUGA